CGCUGCUGGACGUGCCGGCUGGGGCCACGCUGAAGGACAGUCGCUCGCCCUCGCCCGCACACCUGUCCAACAAGGUCCCGGUGGUGCAGCACGGCCAUCACAUGCACCCGCUGACGCCGCUCAUCACCUACAGCAACGACCCCUUCCCACCGGGGUCCCCACCCGGCCACCUCUCCCCGGAGAUCGACCCCAAGACGGGGAUCCCGCGGCCGCCGCACCCCCCUGAGCUGCCCCCCUACUACCCGCUGUCCCCCGGAGCUGUGGGGCAGCUCCCGCACCCCCUGGGCUGGCUUGUGCCACAGCAAGGACAGCCCGUGUACUCCAUCCCUCCCGGUGGCUUCCGGCACCCGUAUCCCGCCCUCGCCAUGAAUGCCUCCAUGUCCAGUUUGAUGUCCAGCCGCUUCUCCGCACACAUGGUCCCACCGCCCACCCACGGGCUGCACCCCUCGGGCAUCCCACACCCCACCAUUGUCUCACCCAUCGUCAAGCAGGAGCCCACCCAGCCCAGCGCCAGCCCCGGAGGCAGCUCGAAAUCCCCUGUGGCAGUGAAGAAGGAGGAGGAGAAGAAGCCCCACAUCAAGAAGCCACUCAACGCCUUCAUGCUGUACAUGAAGGAGAUGAGGGCCAAGGUGGUGGCUGAGUGCACGCUGAAGGAGAGCGCUGCCAUCAACCAGAUCCUGGGCCGGCGGUGGCACUCGCUGUCGCGGGAGGAACAGGCCAAGUACUACGAGCUGGCGCGGAAGGAGCGGCAGCUGCACUCGCAGCUCUACCCGACCUGGUCGGCGCGGGACAACUACGGCAAGAAAAAGAAGCGGAAGCGCGAGAAGCUGGCGCAGCAGCAGAGCCACGACACGGACAGCUCCCUGCCCUCCAAGAGCAAGAAGCCGUGCGGCCGUACCUGCCACCCGAGAAGCCCGUGUGCCAGCCCGGCCUCGUCCCACGCAGCAUGCUUGCCCGCCACUCGCCGCCCACCCGCCGCGCCGGCCCCCACCCACUCGGAACAGACACAGCCCCUUUCCCUGGUCACCAAACCUGCUGACUAAGGGAAAAACCUCAUCCCCCCUCGUCCCCUUCACCCGUCCCCUCCCCGCUGUACAUUGCAGAAGCCACAAUCAAGAUUCAAACGCAGCCAAAACCAUUAUUGGUCAAUAUUUGACCCUUUCUGAACUUUUUGGAAGCAGACUCUGGAGGAAGGGGCUUUCUACUCAGAGCUGCUGCCAGCAGUCGACCUAAAGACUGUUUUUAUUAAAAAAAUGGAAAAAAAGGAAAAAAAAAUUAAAUAGACCCUCCACAAGCUGCCGACGAUGGGAAUCUCCGUGGGAUGAGCCAAUUGCCCGUCGCUGCCGUGGGGCAUAGGGAUGGCACUGGCACGGUGAUGCCGGCACUGAACAUGGCGAGUGCUGUGCUGGAGCCGGCAUUCCAUCCUGGAUCCUACAGCAGGAAUGCCUCCACCUGCUCCCGAACCCUCCCAUCCUGUGGCUCUGCUCCCAUCCCCGGCUCCCACCUUCGCUCUGUCCUGGCGAGGAGCCGGAUCCUGUCCCGGGGGUGCUGCUCCAUCGGUGCUGCUUCUGCCCGCGGUCAUGCCGGGGUGGGCAGGGUCCAGGGCUGAGCCCUGGGGGGGUUGUGUUUUUAUCACCUCGAAAUCCUGUUAUUUUUCACAAAAGGAAAUA